CAAAAUCGUACUCUGACUCUUUGCGACCGUCGCCAACGGAAGUACACCCACCCUGCGAGCUUCGAAUAUUCAUAUAGCUCAAUGCUGCAACGAAUAUCUCACAGAGCGAAGGGGAUCCGGACAUAAAGAAUUCUAGCUUCACGCAAGUGCGUCUUUUCACGGGCCUGGGAAUAUGCAAUGACUUCCUCGCCGCGCAGGUUCGAGGAGACUUGUUUGCCACUGUUGAGGGCAUUAUAAUACUUCGCGAUGAAGAGCCUGAUCACGCUCGUUCUGACUGAGUAUGGGCUUCAUGUAUCAGUACGUGGGUGCGCUCUACAUUUUCCUCGUUGCUUCAGCUCACCACAUGUCUGCCGAGUAUGGUUGCGGGCGAGUCCAGGGCCGAAGCCGCCGCACGACAUGCACGCCUCACAAGUAUGAUAUCCACUUAUACACACUGACUGCAGCUGCGUCUACUCGUACAAUAUUCUCUCUGCGACAUCUGACCAUGUCCGGAAUCUGCACCACGCUCUUGCUGACCUCUUGCUACUCCCGGGAUUUUCAUUCGGAGGAAUCUACAGCACAUGCGGAGUACGUGCAAUCAGUUUCCAGACAACAUCGGCAACGUUACUGGCUGAUGUAUUUAUUCCCUCAAAAGAGCGUAAAGAAACCCAAAAGCACAUGGAAAUGCGAAUCUGAACGGUCACUGUUCAGAUCGGUCGGGCCCAGACAGGCUCAAGAGUCGUGCUGCCAGUGAUGGAGGCGUAAGGGGUCGACUCGUAAUACAUAUACAUCCUGGAGUCCUGUCACAGCAUCGCAUCAUCUAUAAAAUCUAUAAAAUUA